AUGGCCUCGAUCUGCCGUUCCGCCCGUCAGCCGACCGAGGGGAUUUCCGUGGCCGUGGAGACCGUGGCCGUGGAGACCGAGGCCGUGGGGACCAAGGCUGUGGAGACUUCAGAGGUCGCGGCAGAGGAGAAUUCAGUGGCCGAGGCGGUCGCGGUGGUUUCCGUGGAGGACGUGGAGAUCAAGGUCCACGCAUUUUUAGGUCUGGAUGGACAAUCGAUUCCAGCUCCUGAUGCACGGGUCGAGAAGACUGAGAAUGCUGUGGCUAAGACCUUGGCCGUCGAGCGCCAGAAGACGCCUAGUCAAGCUCGAUAUCCCCAGCGACCAGGCUACGGGGAAGCUGGCAAGCCUGUGACGCUGUAUGCGAACUACUUGCCACUAGAGGUGUCCAGCAAGUCACUGUUUCGAUACCAUGUGGAUAUCGCGGCCGAUGCAGGGGGCCGCCAGCCGGUCGGUAAGAAGGCCCGUCAGAUUGUUCGCCUUUUACUCGAAGAGCACUUCUUGCAGCAAAAAGCUGGCAUCGCGACAGACUAUCGCUCGACGAUUAUCUCAUGCACCGAGCUGCCCCAAACCGAGCAAUACGACGUGCGAUACAAGGACGACAUUGAAGGCGACUACCCUGAGAACCCCAAAGUGUAUCAAGUAACCUGCCAGUACACGGGACAGCUCGACCCGGCUGAUUUGGUGAACUACCUAACCUCCACUAAGGCUGGAGCGAUGCUGGAGUCAAAGGCUGAGAUUGUGCAUAUCCUGAACUUGCUUAUGGGUCACUACCCUAAGACCGAUAGUUCAGUCGUCUCAGUCGGCGCGAACAAACACUACGGUCUCCACCCGGGCUCUAUUGACCGCGGUAGCUUAGGUGCCGGUCUGGAAGUACUCCGUGGCUUCUUUAUCAGUGCGCGUGCCGCCACAGCCCGUGUUCUGCUGAAUAUACAGGUUAAAUACCUUGCUUGUUACCAAGAAGGGCCGCUGGCUAUGGUGAUUGGCGAGUUCCAACGCGAGAAUACCCGAAACAUCUACCGUCUCGAGGCCUUCCUCAAACGUCUACGAGUUCGUAUCACGCAUAUCACUCGAAAGACUAGCAGUGGCAAGCCUCGACCCCGUGUGAAGGCCAUCGCAAGUCUGGCUACCCGUGCCGAUGGUGCUUCAUCCCCCAACCCGCCCAAGAUUACGCGCCAUGGUGCUGGGCCGCGUGACGUGCAGUUCUUUAAGGCUGCUCCCGAAUCCCAGCCUGCACAGGGUACGGAAUCAAAGGGGAAGAAGGGGAAGAAGGGGAAGAAAGCUCCUCCCAAAGCAGGCCCGCCCCAAGCCGGCCGCUAUAUCAGCGUGGAGGAAUUCUUCAAGACUGAAUACAAUAGAGCGCUGGACCCCAAUAUGCCAGUGGUCAACGUUGGAACUCGCGAGAAGCCUGUUUAUCUGCCCGUGGAGGUCUGUGAGGUGGAGGCAGGCCAGCCAGUCGGUACCAAGCUCAACGCAAGCCAGACGGCAAACAUGCUCGCAUUUGCUGUGAGAGGUCGAAAGCCAGCCGAGAACGCGCAAUCGAUUGUGACUAAGGGUGUGGACUUACUGGGCCUGGGAGAGCCGUUGAAUAAGACUCUGUCAACUUUUGGGGUCCAGCCAUCGACUGAGCUGAUCACCGUGCACGGAAGGGUUUUGGGCGCUCCCAAGAUCUAUUACAAGGACACGAAGUUGGCCCAGAAGGCCGUUAUUGCCAUGUUCGGUAGCUGGAGCAUGCGCCAGAUUCGGUUCACGAGGCCUGUGACUAUGAAGUCCUGGACCUGGUUGUACAUCGAUGCUCCCGGGGCGCGUAACUUGUGGCCAAGUCCAAACGCGCUCAAUGAAUCUCUGAUGGAGCUCACAAAUAACUUACGUGACCUCGGUAUCGCAGCCGAUUCCAGCAAGCCCGGCACGCGAAUCCAGCUGACGGGCAACAAUGACGCAGCCGCAAUUGAGUCGGCAGUGCGUAACCUGCAAGAAAAGCACCAGCCCUCGCUUAUUCUUGGAAUCCUCUACGGCAAAGACAUAGCGCUGUACAACUGCAUUAAGCAGGUCUGCGACGUCCGGUGUGGCGUACGUAAUGUCAACGUGCUCGCUGAGAAGUUUAGGGGCGCUAACGACCAGUACUGUGCGAACGUCGGGCUUAAGAUCAACCUAAAGCUUGGCGGGGUGAACCAAUCUCUUAACACCUCUGACCUUUCUUUUAUCUCUGAGGGUCGCACUAUGCUUGUUGGUAUCGACGUCACGCACCCUUCGCCCGGAUCGUCGAGCUCGGCUCCCAGCGUAGCGGGUGUCGUAGCCUCGGUCGAUUCGUCGCUGGCGCAGUGGCCUGCAGAGAUCCGUAUCCAGACAGCGCGCCAGGAGAUGGUAGCAGACCUAGACACACUGCUACGCUCACGGCUGCAACACUGGGCACGAUGCAACGAGAACCGCUUCCCCGAGAAUAUCGUCGUAUACCGCGACGGCGUCUCCGAAGGCCAGUACGACAUCGUGCUCGACCGCGAGCUGCCACAGCUCAAGAGCGCCUGCGCCGCCCUUUACCCAGCCAAGGACACAGCGCGCGGGCUGCCACAUCUCGCAAUCGUGGUAGUCGGUAAGCGCCACAACACGCGCUUCUACCCAACGCGCGACGCCGACUCCGACCGCUCCGCCAACCCGUCCCCCGGCACCGUCGUCGACCGCGGUAUCUCCGAGGCCCGCCACUGGGACUUCUUCCUGCAAGCCCACGCCGCUAUGCAGGGCACCGCCCGCCCCGCGCACUAUUUCACUGUCUGGGACGAGAUCUUCCACCCGCGCUACCCGGGCUCCGCCGGUGUCCCCGGAGCCGCGGACGUCCUGCAGGAUCUCACUCACAAACUGUGCUAUCUAUUCGGUCGCGCUACUAAGGCUGUUAGCGUGUGUCCGCCUGCGUACUACGCUGACCUUGUCUGCACUCGCGCCCGCUGCUAUCUUAGCGGCUUCUUCGACCCUACCCCUGCGGCUACUCCGGCUGGGAGUGUCGUUGGUAGUGCCGGGGACGCAUCGGCUGCGGCGAACAGCAGCGAUGUGGAAAUCCACCCUAACGUGCGCGACUCGAUGUUCUACAUCUAA